AGUUUGAGCGGUGACGUAUUGCUACGUCAUCAACGUGCGCCCGGAGCUGCGACAGCCGCUUUUGCUUCCAGAGAAGCUUCCCGUGACUGUAACGUGACUAACCGUCGUGUUGAGGUGCGAGGAGAUGUUUCUUAGUGUGUCUGGGCAUUCGUUUAGCAGCUGCUGACGCUUUCAGGGUAAACGACCGACGGACUGCGGCGCUGUUCGUGGAGCCGUUCACAGAAACAAACGGACGAUGUCUCGGAACAAGAAAAAGAACGGAAUCCCCGACAGGUGGCUGGAUUAUAAAGCUGUGGGGAGAAGACUCGAUGGAACGAGAUUCAUUGCCUUCAAAGUUCCCCUGAAACAGUCUUUGAACCGGCAGCUUUCUGGAGCGGACGUCUUCGGCCCCUGGGAGCUGAUGGACGCACUGAAGAAACAAAAGCAAGACCUGGGUUUGGUCAUUGACCUGACCUUCACCACGCGCUACUACAAACUACAGGAUUUACCAGAGUCACUGCUGUUUGUGAAGAUCUACACGAUGGGUCACGAGAUUCCAAGUGAUGACACCAUCCUCAGCUUCAAACGGGCCGUACGCCGGUUCCUACGCGACAACAGGGAUAACGACAAACUGAUUGGAGUCCACUGCACACAUGGGCUGAAUCGGACCGGGUACCUGAUCUGCAGGUACCUGAUAGAUGUUGAUGGAAUGGAUCCGGCGCAUGCUAUAGAAUUGUUCAACUCGGCCCGUGGCCACGCGAUAGAGAGGCAGAACUAUCUCAGAGACCUUCAGACUGGACCUAAGAGGAGCAACGUGGGGAUGGAGGAGUCCGAGCAGGCGCCUCAGUGGGGCUGCGCUGGUGACCGGCCGUGCAACGCGCCGCUGCAGCCCGACGGCCGCAGCGAGCGGUACCACAGGCCGUUUCCUCUUCGUCACCCUCAUCCUCCCCGCAACAGCCUUCUCCCCACCCCCCCCUUACUCCCCACCCCUCCGUUACUCCCCACCCCCUUCCUGUGCCCUCCCACUGGAGCCCCCUUCCAGCCGUAUCGAUGGGCCGCUCCCCAAACUGCCAGUCAGCAGAGCCGCCCUCUGAUGUCAGCAGGCAGUAGGUCCAGAUACUCUCCACCUGAGCCGGUCUGGGGUCCAGCGCCCCGUCCGCAGCAGGACAGGAGGGGCCCUCCUCCACACUGGACCCACCAGAACCGCAGCUAUGAUGGAGCCGAGGAGGAGCGGUCCGGUCCCAGAAUGAGACACCACUACAGAGUGAACGGACCUAAUCGGACCUAUGACCGGUACUAAUCCGACCCAAAGAACAGUCCAGCUCAUAUGUGGGUUGAUGUCAGAUGUUCUCUCAACAGAAAAUUAGUUCAGAAGUUGUGUUAUGAGAACAGAACGUUAGCAGUCGAGCAGAACCAUAUGUCUGUUUGAGGGCAGUCUGGUGCUGCGAUUGGUACAGUUGAGCCGAGACAAAGAAAGGUUGUUUUGUGACCACUUCACUGACGGUCGGAUGAUUUUUAUCUCUUCUAGUCUUUUAUUUAAGCUAACAGGAAACGCAGAGCAAACUCGCGACUGGUUUAACUGAACCUGAGUUCAUUUGACCCGGAUGUCUAGUUUCAGCGCCAUGUUCACUGAGCUGCAGACACCAGUGUUUAGGGAGCGUCAUGGAUUUGGACAUUUGUAGCUUCGUAUUGUGCCUUUUGUUCUGACCUGAAGUCGGUCAAACACUUUGACAGGAAGUCGCUGUUGUUUUUACUGGACUGUUUUCUAUUGUUUUGUUUCAGAAGCAGGUUUCUGCCUCUGACAACAUUUACGUUGUAGACUGAAAUAAACUAUGAACCCGUAAGAUUCA